AUGAAAAAUAUUUGUACUGUUAUUUUCGUGCUGGUCUGGGGUAGCGCCCAGUGUAGUUCUGAAAAAGGCUUCAAUAUUACUGUGCUGCACACAAACGACAUUCACUCCCGCUUUCUGGAAGCUAACAAACGAGGUGGUGUAUGUAAAGAUAAAGACAGAGAAAAAGACGGAUGUUACGGAGGAGUCGCCAGAAUAGUUACUAAGGUGAAAGAAUUAAAGAAUAAAAAUAAACACACGUUCUUCUUCAACGGCGGUGAUUUUUUUCAAGGAACGGUAUGGUACACGGUUUUAAAAUACAAGAUUGUUGCGGAGGCAAUGUCAAGAAUGAUGUACGACUCUGUGUGCCUGGGCAACCACGAGUUCGACGACGGCCCUGAAGGCCUUGCACCUUUCCUCAAAAAAAUGGUGGAGGCAAAUGUAACCGUCCUGGGAACCAAUCUUGACACUUCCCUGGAACCCCUACUUAACGAAACUAACUUAAAGAAAUCUAUCAUAUAUGAGGUGAACAACUUGAAGAUUGGAGUCAUGGGCGUAGUUACCCAAGAAACAAUGCAGAUUGCCAGGCCAGGCAAAAUUAAGAUUUUAGAUGAAAUUCAAAGUAUUCAAAAAGAAGUUCAGAACCUGAAGCAGGAACAGGUUAAGUUUUACGUUGUCAUCAGUCACGUGGGAUUCGAACUGGACAAGAAAAUAGCUGCAGAAGUUGAGGAAAUUGACCUGGUCGUGGGAGGGCACACGAACACAUUCCUCUACACCGGCGAACCACCCAGACCCGAGGACAAAGUAGAAGGGGAUUAUCCGACAAUCGUUAACAAAAAGAGCAAUAGGCAGGGUCUUGUCGUUCAAGAUUACUGGGCUGGAAAGUACCUGGGGCACUUGGAACUGGAAUUCAACAAUGAUGGAUCCCUAAAAAAUUGGUCUGGCAACCCUAUACUACUGGAUAACACGACUAAGGAAGACCCAGAUAUUGUUUGCAUGUUGGAGCCAUAUAAGGAAGUAGUUGAGAAUGCUAGCAAAGAGUACAUCGGCAUUACAAAGGUUAAGCUUGAAGCCAGCGAUAAAGUGUGCCGCAUCAAAGAGUGCAACACGGUCAAUCUCAUCACCGAUGCCUUCCUCGCCUUUUAUGCCGACCGAAAUAGCACCAAUAACACAGAUGACUGGUCCGACGUUAAUGCCGCCGUGGUAAACAGUGGUAUCGCCAAGACAACCGUUGAUCAAGGUGUCAUUCUGAGGGAAAACAUGAUGUCCAUGAUGCCCUACGAAAGCACCCUGUACGUACUCACCAUGACCGGACUUCAAUUAACGAACAUGUUUGAGCACGGCGCCUCAAAGUUCACCUGGUUCGGGGACCCUGAAGGGGCGUUUCUUCAGGUGUCAGGAAUACGUGUGGCUUUUAAUUUCUCGCUCGAAAAAGGUUGCAGAGUAAUUAAACUUGAUAUUUUGUGUUCCAAAUGUAAGAUACCAAAGUAUGAGCCUGUAAUGCUGAACGAAACAUACCGCAUUGUCACCACAAGUUACGUUGCGAAUGGUGGAGACGGAUUUACAUUCGAUAGCACCGUAAAAAAGGAAACAGAAGGAGUAGUUGACAACGAGGUGGUAAUUGAAUACGUCCGCAAGAUGUCCCCUAUUAAGGAGCCCGAAGAGGGACGAGUGAUUAUGUACGACAACCCUAGACCUGCCAAUUCUACGGCAGGUCUCCCGAUUGACGCAAACAAGACGUCUCCUAAGCCUUCUGCUGCUAAACCUUAG